AUGUUCAUAAAUCGAUGAUUAUUCUCCACAAAUCACAAAGACAUCGGCACCCUUUACCUUUUAUUCGGUGCAUGAGCCGGAAUGGUAGGCACCGCUCUCAGCCUAUUAAUCCGUGCUGAAUUAGGUCAACCUGGCGCUCUAUUAGGGGAUGACCAGAUUUAUAAUGUUAUCGUCACCGCCCACGCAUUCGUGAUAAUUUUCUUUAUAGUAAUACCAAUCAUGAUCGGUGGGUUUGGAAACUGACUAGUACCCCUAAUAAUUGGUGCGCCUGACAUAGCAUUUCCACGAAUAAACAAUAUAAGCUUUUGACUCCUACCCCCCUCCUUUCUACUUCUUCUAGCCUCAUCUAUGGUAGAAGCGGGUGCAGGAACAGGAUGAACCGUAUACCCCCCUUUAGCAGGUAAUCUAGCACAUGCAGGAGCAUCGGUAGACCUGACAAUUUUUUCUCUACACCUGGCAGGUGUAUCGUCCAUCCUAGGAGCUAUCAAUUUUAUCACCACUAUCAUUAACAUAAAACCCCCCGCAAUAUCACAAUACCAAACUCCCUUAUUCGUGUGAUCUGUACUAAUUACGGCCGUGCUUUUACUCCUAUCUCUACCAGUCUUAGCAGCCGGUAUUACUAUACUACUUACAGACCGGAAUCUGAAUACCACCUUUUUUGACCCAGCUGGAGGAGGAGACCCUAUUCUAUACCAACACUUAUUCUGAUUCUUCGGACACCCAGAAGUAUACAUUCUAAUUCUGCCUGGAUUCGGAAUUAUCUCACACGUCGUUACAUACUACUCAGGAAAGAAAGAACCGUUUGGUUAUAUAGGAAUGGUAUGGGCAAUAAUAUCAAUUGGCUUCCUAGGCUUUAUUGUGUGAGCCCACCACAUAUUUACUGUAGGUAUGGAUGUCGAUACACGAGCAUACUUUACAUCAGCCACUAUAAUCAUUGCUAUCCCUACAGGGGUAAAAGUAUUUAGCUGACUGGCUACUCUACACGGAGGAAAUAUUAAAUGAUCCCCAGCUAUGCUAUGAGCUUUAGGGUUUAUUUUUCUAUUUACAGUGGGUGGUCUAACGGGUAUCGUAUUAUCAAACUCAUCACUGGAUAUUGUUCUUCACGACACAUACUAUGUAGUAGCACACUUUCAUUACGUUCUCUCAAUGGGGGCAGUAUUUGCAAUUAUGGGUGGAUUUGUCCACUGAUUCCCACUAUUCACGGGUUAUAUACUGAAUGAUACUUGAGCGAAAAUCCACUUCACAAUUAUAUUUGUCGGAGUAAACAUAACAUUCUUUCCUCAACACUUCCUAGGCCUAUCAGGUAUGCCUCGACGUUACUCCGACUAUCCAGAUGCUUACACAACAUGAAACACAGUAUCUUCCAUAGGCUCAUUCAUCUCACUAACAGCAGUAAUAUUAAUGAUCUUCAUAAUCUGAGAAGCCUUCGCAUCCAAACGAGAAGUACUAACAGUACAACUCACUUCAACAAACAUUGAAUGGUUACACGGGUGUCCUCCACCAUAUCACACCUUUGAGGAGCCAACCUAUGUACUAUCGAAAUAA